GCUGUCUGUCGGGUUUCGGAGCAAAUCAUUAAGAGCGGGGAAGUCGGUUAAUUUUGAAAAGUAUACACCUUUACAAAUUCCGCUUCGAGUCAUGAUCAUCAUUUAAUUUGUACCCAAAAUACACAUCAAAGUGGACACAUAGUCACAGAAUAAUUGAUAAUAUUUUAUUUUGAUUGUUUCUUUUAUUGGCAUCUUAACCUCCCCUCGCAUGGACUGUUACAUUGAAGAAUCGCAUCAUCUGUUCCGUGCAGUGUGGUUUGAGCUCUGUUGAAUUGCAUUUGGUUGAUUUGUCAUAUUUUCGUGAUUUAAGAAAUAAGAAAAUAUAAUUACAAUGUCGGUGGCGUUUGCAGCACACAGACAGCGAGGAAAGGGUGACAUAACGCCGGCAGGAAUACAGAAGUUGUUAGAUGAGAACAAUCAUCUCAUCCAAUGCAUCAUGGACUUCCAGAGCAAAGGAAAAACUGCAGAAUGCUCACAGUAUCAACAAAUGCUACACAGAAACUUAGUUUACCUGGCAACAAUAGCAGACUCCAAUCAGAACAUGCAGUCUCUGCUUCCUGCUAAGUCUGAGUCCCCCACCACAGAGGUUAAGCAUGAACCCCCCUCCCAGAACGUGCCCAUGGGACCGGGCGGGAUGAGCCAGAGCGGGCCCCAACAGCCCCCCCACGGCCACGGCGGGCCCCCGGAGGGGCCCCCCACGCCCCACAUGCAGGGCCAGAUGAACGGCCAGAUGCCCGGACCCAACCACAUGCCCAUGCAGGGCCCCGGACCCAGCCAGCCCCCCAACAUGCCCCCAAACAGUUCUAUGAACGUCCCGCCCAGCGCGCACGCGUCCAUGGGGGGGUACAACCACGCGGUGGCGCCGACCCAGGGCAUGCCCCCCGCUCAGGGCCAGAUGAACAUGGCACAGGGUCAGCCAAUGGGAAACUACGGCCCGCGCCCGCCCAUGAACAUGCAGGCCAGCCCAGGUACCAGCAGUCCCAUGAUGCACCAGCAGCCCCCCUCCCAGCAGUACAGCAUGCCCCCGGGAGGCGCACAGCACUACCCGGGCCAGCAGAACCCCAUGGGCAUGAUGGGACAGGUCAGCCAGGGGAACCACGUGAUGGGACAGAGGCCUAUGCCUCCGUACAGACCCCCACAGCAAGGGCCCCCCCAGCAGUACCCAGGCCAGGAGGAUUACUAUGGGGAGCAGUACAGUCACGGUGGCCAGGGAGUCCCAGAAGGUACCUCCCAGUACAGCGGUCAGCCGGAGGCCUAUCCGCAAGGCCCCCCCCAGCAGCAGGGCUACCCCCCUCAGCAGCAGCAGCAGCAGUACCCCGGCCAGCAGGGCUACCCAGGCCAGCAGCAGGGAUACGGCCCGUCUCAAGCCCCCCCAGGGCAGUACCAGAACUACCCCCAGGGCCAGGGGCAGCAGUACGCCGCCUACAGAGCCCCCCAGCCCGGCCCGCCCCAGGCGCCGCAGCAGCGCGCCUACGGCUACGAUCAGGCUCAGUAUGGGAGCUACCAGCAGUGAGGCUCGUUUGGGGACUGGAGCACGCACUAAUCGCCCUUCUACUCCUGGAUCUGCAUCUCAGCUGCUACCGUUUGAGCCUUUUUAGGACUGUAAAUGUGAGACUGUUUUGUGUUGUUAUUUCACAUUGUGCCCCCCUGUCCCACCC